CUAUGUACUAGUAAUCUGCGAAUGAAACGAACACAGCUAUCGGCUUCCUUUUUCUGAGCAAAAAAUCAAUAGAAAAAUAUAACUAGAAUCUGACUUAAAUAAUAUAUUUUAACCUAGAAGAUGAGUCAAGGAACCUGUUUGCUAUGUUUUUCUGUCACAGGAGUACAAGAUAUUAAAAACACUGGUUUGCAGAAUGUGUACGAAGUAUUAUCGGACAGUCAGAUACAAGCUGAGUCGCAUCCACUGUGCUACAUUUGCUUCACAAAGCUUCUACAGUGCCAACAGCUUUUGAAGCAAAUCAAUAAAGAAAACAGUGAAAAUCAGUCUGAUAUUAAUCCUUUGGUGAGGCUGAGUUGCGAAACUGAAGAGUGGUCGUUACCUCUUGAUUUUCUAGAGACAGAACUGACUCCACUACUCACAGAAAUAGAGAUCAAGACAGAGUAUAAUAUUAAAGAAGAAUAUGUAGAGGGCACAGCCAUAGAAUUUGUGGAGUGUCCAGGUCGAGAAUCAAAAAGUCCAGCUAUAAAAGAAGAAUGUGCGGAAAGUCUAAGUCAUUACGAAGCCGAAAAUACUGGAGAGUCAGCGUACGAGCAUAUUCCCACGAAGCCGACACAAGAUGACACAAAACAUUAUGCUUCAACUAUAAAAGAAGAAAGCGCGGAAAGUCCAAGUCAUAACGAAGCCGAAAGUACUGGAGAAUCAGCGUACGAGCAUAUUCCCACGGAGCCGACACAAGAUGACACAAAACAUUAUGCUUCUAUAAAAAAAGAAUGUGCGGAAAUUUCAAGUCAUUACGAAGCCGAAAGUACUGGAGAAUCAGCGUACGAGCAUAUUCCCACGAAGUCGACACAAGAUGACACAAAACAUUAUGAUUGGUACUCGGUUGAGCGAACUUCUUACUGCAGCGGUCGCUGGAGUAAGGUUUACCGCGUGUGUGGUCCCGCUUGUGAGAUUUCAAUUUGUAUAGAUGAGAGAAUGUCUCGGUGCAAACGUCACAAGCAAAAGGGUUGUUUGGUUUUGGUUCUGUGGUUACAUUUUCUGUUUCCACAACAUUACUAUCUUCAUAACGAUCUGGGCUCUCGUCAUAGUCCUCAUCUAUAA